CGUGUAUUUUUUUAUUUAAUAUUCUAUCUGUAUGCAAAUAUAUUGAAUCGUUUUCUCAUUUUUAUUGGUACACCUUAAGCAUUAAUUUUCUCAAAGUUGUUACAAAAAGUGAUGGUACCAAGCCCAUUUACUGAUAUAUAAACCUUAUAAUAGCACCUUAUCCUCGUAGUUGUUAGUCAAAGAUGUUUGUAUUUCGUUUUUACUGAAAGCAAAUAUUUAAAUGCAAAAAGAAUCGAAAGGACUCGAGGACGUGCGGCGCGUGUAACCUGCCACAGCACGUGACUGGGUUUGCCGCUGUCAUUUCCAAAGUCUCGCGAUACCAUUUGAGAAUUCCGAGAGAAAUUUAACGGCAUGUCGGCAUCAGAAUAAACAGCCGGCAGAAUAGAAUAAACCCGGGACUAUUCGUCGCCAGCCGGACCGAAGCACUGCGUGAAAGCUAUCUGGAUUAAGGUCGUUUUUGUUGGACGGUCUUUAUUUUGUUACGUAAGGAAAUCUCGUUGCCGGCGGCUCGUUUGAUCGCUAUCUAGGUGAUUCCGAAAAUGCCAACGAUCCAGACUGACUUGCGUUACUACUGAGGAUUUCCCGGAUUAGGCGACACCAGCGACACUGUAGGAGAAAACCUCCUGCUUUCCGCUUUAUUCUGGCUCAGGAGUGACGUGGAUUUCGCCGUGGUCGGUUUUCUCCGCUUGUGCUCUGUUUGUCGUUUGUUUCGGUCCUGCCGGUGUUGCUGAGCAUCGAGGAUGCGUCAGCAGGGGUCCCUGAUGCCCCGCUUGCGCAGCGACGUGUUCUGCCACUGCCGGUCGGCGGAGAGGCACCCGGGCGUGGACCCGGGCGGGGGCUGCGGCCACGCGGAGGACCCCUCUGCGGCUCCCCGGUCAGCCCAGAAGCCCGCAGCUGAAGACUGUCAGCCCUCUGGCAGCCUCUCCCCGUGUGCCUCGUGUGGCGGGUCUGAACAGGAGCACAGAAUGAAGGUCCUAUUCCAGAUCCUGGACGUGAACGGUGAUGGAGGGAUCUGUGUGAACGACCUAACCAUCGGGCUGAAGAAGCUGGGCGUGCACCGCAGCGAGCACGACCUCAUGAAAAUCGUGAAAGCAGGAGACAAGGACCUGGAUGGACAGCUGGACUUUGAGGAGUUUGUUUAUUACCUCAGAGACCACGAGAAGAAGCUCCGCUUGGUCUUCAUGAGUCUGGACAAAAAGAACGAUGGCCAGAUCGACUCACAAGAGAUCAUGCAAUCGCUGCGGGACCUGGGAGUGAAUAUUUCUGAGGAACAGGCCGAGCAGAUCCUCAGGAGAAUCAGGAAGGGCCAAAUCUGGGCCCCUGUUCUGUCCAUGGAUAAAAACGGAACCAUGACGAUUGACUGGGACGAGUGGCGAGAUUACCACCUGCUGCAUCCCGCAGACAACAUCCCUGAGAUCAUCCUGUACUGGAGGCACUCCACGAUCCUGGAUGUUGGAGAGAGUAUCAUUGUUCCGGAUGAGUUUACAGCCGAGGAGAAGAAAACCGGGAUGUGGUGGAGACACCUCGUGGCUGGAGGAGGAGCCGGCGCCGCAUCUCGAACUUGCACGGCACCACUAGACAGGCUGAAGGUGCUGAUGCAGGUCCACGCCUCCAAGAGCAACAGCAUGCAGAUUGUUGGAGGCUUUGGUCAGAUGAUCCGGGAGGGGGGCGUGAGAUCGCUUUGGCGAGGAAACGGGAUCAAUGUCAUCAAAAUCGCUCCUGAGUCUGCCAUCAAGUUCAUGGCUUAUGAACAGAUUAAAAGACUCAUUGGAAGUAACCAGGAGACUUUGGGCAUAAUGGAAAGAUUUGUGGCGGGCUCGCUGGCUGGCGCCAUUUCUCAGAGCAGCAUCUACCCCAUGGAGGUUCUGAAGACACGGUUAGCCCUGAGAAGGACCGGCCAGUUUGCCGGGAUCAUGGACUGUGCCAAACAUAUCAUCCGAAAGGAGGGUGUGGCGGCUUUCUACAAAGGUUACGUCCCCAACAUGCUGGGCAUCAUCCCAUACGCCGGCAUCGACCUGGCUGUCUAUGAGACCCUGAAGAACUCGUGGCUGCAGCGGUUUGCCACAGACAGCGCUAAUCCUGGAGUCUUUGUGCUCUUGGCUUGUGGCACCACCUCCAGCACCUGUGGACAGCUCGCCAGCUACCCUCUGGCCCUGGUCAGGACCCGCAUGCAGGCACAAGCUUCUCUGGAGGGAGGCCCGCAGAUGACCAUGACCGGGCUGUUCAAGCAGAUCGUUCGGACCGAGGGGCCGCUGGGACUUUACCGGGGUCUGGCCCCCAACUUCAUGAAGGUCAUACCGUCUGUGAGCAUCAGCUACGUGGUUUACGAGUACCUGAAGAUUGCACUAGGAGUGCAGUCAAGGUGAGGAACAGAAGCAGGACGUCAGAGGAGAGACCAGUUUCUCCUUAUGGCUGCAGACUCUACACGGUUUAUUUAAACGAUCGGCUCAAGCUGAGAGAAGAAGGUCGAGGAUGGAGGGAAGCGCAGAACGGCUGCAGACAGUGGAUUCUUGACUAAAGCAAAGUGUCUGUUGGUUUUCUUGAGUCCAGUAGUGCCCCCUGAGUCUUAUUCCAGCAUGACGAAGUUUACAUUAGCUCCUCCCACAGCCAGCAGUGGUUGGUAGUCGCUGUGUUUAGAGACGUCCAGCUUGCAGGCCUUGAUUACUGAAAGCUCAAUCCCAAACAGGAAAACUAGGAUGUAAGCAACCUGUAGGUAAAAUGUACGAUCUAGAUUUAGAAACCUUCACUCCAUUGCUUUUUGUAACCGUCUCUUUCAGUCAAACAGAGCUCAGCAGAGGCCGAGCUUUACAGAAAUGGAUUCACGGGCAGCUAGAACAGCUGAGAAGCUGGGUCAGGGUCCCACGGAUGCUCCUGGAGACCAGGCCUCAGUGCUGAGCCCCCAGGCCUCCGUGGGACACUGACUCCUCCUGAACACUUGAAGGCAGCAGCCUGUGCGCACAUGACAGCUGCUCAGACACACUAACGCUUUAACAAAAUGUCUUCAAAUUGACUGAGCAGAACCAAAGAGGAGAUGCAGAAGCAGAGAUCUUCUGGGAAAACCCUCUGAGCGUAACGGUUUGCCGUCAGAUCGAUAGUCAAUCCAAACCUGGAUCCUGACUGAACGUCCUUUUGGGUUCAUCCAUCGAUGUCUUCCGAUCUCUCUGAACUGUUCCAGGCUCUGCUGAGGAACAUAAAGCUCCUUUAUUUGCUGGGAAGUCCUGAAUGUUUUCCUCUUUUCUUCCAAAGAGAAGAAUUCCAGUUUUUUUUUUUGGAAAAAACUGAGGAGAUGUCUGAGUGCUCCAGGCCAGAAAUAUUUGAUGAGGUUCUAUGUACAAACAUUAAAGGGGGUACUUGAUGUCCCCUCCCCCUUUUUUCUUAGGAAUUCUACAGUAAUAAUAGUUUCUGUGUCGAUGCUGCCUAAAACCCUGAAAAAGAUGGAAUGACUUGUUUAUGUGUUUUGAUGCAUAAGCUGUUAAAAGCUUUUGCGUUUUUCUGCUGCACACCGCCCCGUGUCUCUUAGCUCCUCCCCCAUGUAAAGGCAGCUCAGUGCUGUACAGAUUUUGUGAGAGUCUCCUCCUUAUUCCUUCAUUUUGAUUUCCGUCCGUCACUCCGUCACAGUCCCCCCCCUCUGAUGGUUUUCACCCACAGGGGGGUUGUUACUUGAGUUUUUAUCCUUUUACAUUAGAGCUGUGGGAUUUUCUUUAGUCUGGAGCGGAAAUCCUCCUGCUGUCAGUCCUUCCUGGAUCAGAGGAUGCUGAUUUUAACAGAAGCAGAAAAAAACUGAAGCAAUGCAUGCUGGACUUGGCCUGAUUAAAAAUCAGGAGGUAACACAAAGUAAUAUUCCAUUUUAAUUUUCAGAUUUUGGGGUAUUUUAUGUUAUGUUUCCUUACUCCUAUAGUGUGUUAAUGUCUAACGUGUAUAUUUUGCUAAAGUUUUUCUAAAGUUUAUGCUGGUCUAAUAAAUAAAAAAAGAAGCAAGAUGUAAUGGAAUUUAUUUGUCAAUAUAAAGACAUUUACUAAUAAAACAGAGCAUUAAUACAAUCUUAGCUAUUUCAAACUUUUUUUUAAAAACUUUUUUAGCUUCAUAGAAGAAUUCCAGUUCACUCUGUAGGAAACAGUCCUGAUGGGUCAAAGGUUCUGUCAGUUGCAUCUAAUAUUGAUCCAAAAUUCUUGACACCUGAAUUAAUUUAAAGCUAUGAAAAAAAUUCAUGUUUUUCCUUUCGAGUAAAGUCUAAAUUAAGGUAAUUUUGGAACCGAAGAUGCAUAUUUGCAUCAAAGCGUCUGCGGAUUUGAAGACAUUUGAACACCCUGAUGUGUAACCCAGCUUAAGUUGUGAUGAUCUAUUUCCGUGGGGAUCUCACACAUCCAACUUUGUCUUCACAUUUUUUCAGAUGUGCGUGGUAGUUGUUGAGAUUCCUUAAAUACGACGUAUCUCCAUCCAGUCUAGAGCAGACAGUAACUGUCAGCACGAAUGAAGUUGGGGUCAAAAACACAAACAUGGAGGACGGAAGAGCCUCUUCAUCAGAGACGUUCUUGUUUUCCCUUUUUAGCAAAAUAGAAACAGCAGCUGAGAGACAAAUCUGUGAAGGAUACAAAGAGGCUUUAUGAAAAUCCAUGAACACACUGCAAACAGUGAAUCUGAAGAAAGUAAAAAGACUUGUUUCAGGAAAAAGUGCACGAAAAAUAAUCACAUCAACAAAAUAAUGUUUUUUUAAGAAAUCUUUCUUACCCCAUUGACAGAUUUAAGGAAAAUCUGCCAAUGGGGUAAAAAUUUGAGACUAGUUUCUACGGAGCCUGUUUUUACAGUGCAGGAGAGCGGAACAUAGUUCUGGUGUUUCAAUGCUAUCCUCGUCUUCUAGAACUACAUCUAAUCUCUGUGAGAUCAAACUAACACUCUUUUUCUGUGAGGUUUGCUUUGUCAUUACUGUUUAUUUAUUGCACAGAAAAAAAACUGUUUGUAGUCAUAUUUGUGAUAUUUUGGAGUGUGGAAUGAGUUGCCUUUAAAUUGAUUACUGGAUCACUUAAUGCUUUUAGCUUCAUGAUUAACUCAACAUGCUCAUAUUCUAAUAAACUACAAGUAGAGAAACAGGAUCAGUGCAAACAUUUCUUUACAGCUUUGAGAAACAGUCAAAUGUAAACAUCUCAUUUGUCUUUUAAUUAUUCGCUGUUCUUGUGGCAGAAAGAAUGUGCACUUAUCAACAUGCUAUCAAAAAAUAAAAUAUUUUCUGGUAUCUAA